AUGGAGACCCUAUGCACAAAUCAAGGAACUUCCUAUGUCCAAGGUACAGCCUCUGGCAAACUCCUCGCCAGCAACAUAGAAUUGAGCUUCUGGGGCGGCGUAAACCCCCAAACAGGCGAGAUAAUCGAUCGUCACCACACAUUAAGCGGACAGUUUCUCCAAGACACCAUUCUCGCUAUCCCAGGUGGUCGUGGCUCAUGCUCUGGUAGUGGGGUGAUGUUGGAGCUACUGCUUAAUGAAAAGGGACCUAAGGCCGUAUUGUUCGAGCGAAAGGAGGAUAUUUUGACUCUUGGGGUUAUGAUUGCCGAGGAGGUGUUUGGGAAAGCUAUACCGGUUAUGAUGCUGGGGCCGGGGGGUUUUCGGGAGAUUUUGGAGCUGAAUGGACAUUUUUUGCAUGUUGUUGAUGGGCACAUUUAUCGUGACGAGGAUAUGGAGCUCUCGGAUAUCGAUAGAGCCUUCCUCGACGGCGUCUACGGUGAAGCUGCCCGGGUGUCGAUGCGAAUCAUCCUCCGGAUGGGAGAUUUACUUGGAGCUAAAGAACUGAUGGACAUUACUCAGGUCCAUGUGGACGGCUGUAUCUACACAGGGCCAGGAUCUCUCAUAUUCGCAGAGAAGCUUAGAGACUGGGGAGGAAAAGUCCGUGUUCCAACAUCUCUCAACUCCAUAUCCAUUGAUCAGCAACGAUGGUGCGCUCAAGGAAUCGACCCCGUUUUCGGUGAAGCUGCUGGGAGACUUGCAGAUACUUACAUCAGUAUGGGUGCACAACCAACCUUUACCUGCGCUCCUUAUCAGCUCGAAAGCGCACCGAAACUUGGUGAGCAGGUGGCUUGGGCUGAGUCUAAUGCUGUUGUUUACGCGAAUAGUAUUCUUGGGGCGAAGACCAUGAAGUAUCCUGACUUUCUUGAUAUAUCGAUUGCCCUGACUGGUCGGGCGCCAAAGGGUGGUCCUCAUGUUGAAGCUAAUCGUCUGGCUUCGCUUAUUGUAAGGGUUAUAGACGCAGGAGCAGCGAGGACUGAUGACUCUUUUUAUCCUCUCUUGGGCUACCAUAUAGGAGCUAUAUCCCCUAGCCAGAUCCCCGUGGUAGUGGGAAUUGGGUCAUUGAGCCCAUGCAAAGACGACCUAAAGGCCUUUGGGGCUGCGUUCGCGACAAUGUCGAGUGCCCCGAUGUUCCAUAUCGUUGGGGUCACACCUGAAGCAGCUUCACUUGACGCUGUCCUCGACGAAAGAUCCCAUCCACAAUUCAUCAACAUAGAGCCGAAUCAGCUAGCUGAGAGCUGGGUCCAGCUCAACAGCGCAUCCCAUCCUCAACCAGUGGACCUGGUAUCUCUCGGAAACCCUCACUUUUCUCUGGCCGAAAUCAGAAAGCUCACCGAACUCUGCCGAGGUCGCACAAAGGACAAGAGCGUUGCUAUUACAGUUACUUGCGGACGUUCCCAAUUCAGCCUUGCUUCUCAAGCCGGACUCAUUGAGGAGCUAGAAGCAUUCGGGGUUCAAUUCAUCACUGAUACCUGCUGGUGUAUGAUUACUGAGCCGAUCAUUCCACCGUCGGUGGGUGCUAUAAUGACGAAUUCCGGCAAAUAUGCACACUAUGGACCUGGGUUGACUGGAAAGCCGUUCUACUUUGGGAGUUUGGCUAGGUGCGUUGAAGCUGCAUGUGGUGAUUGUAUAGGCGAUAUACCGGGGUGGUUGUCGAAUUGAUUUCUUC